AUGUUAUACCACCUUGAAGAUGCCCAGGGUAUUCGAGUUGCAGUGAAUAUUUCUACUUUAGAAUCUUCCCCAUCUCCUUUGGUGGCUACCGCUCUGGCUCCGACGCCUUAUCCUACCCUGGAUAGAGAAGCUUCAGCUCUUGUGUUCAAGGUGGGUCAGCAUGUGGAUGUCAUAGCCAUUUUUACAGUAGAGGAACCAACCUCACCUCCAGUUCGUCAAAGAUGGCCAAGGCGAAGGAACAUCAGUCUCCUAUAUUUGAGUGUUCUACAAAAUGGACUAGGGUUGCAAAGAAAAAUGAUUUUGGAGAGGCGACUCCCUUUAUAA